AGGAAGUAGCAACCUUAAUUUCUGAUAUACUCGUAGCCGAAAAGAAAACUUCAGGAGACAUUAUUGUUUUGCGGCAGUAUUUGACUGCGAAUGAAUCUUCGAAAUUGAAGUUGCUUCUUCCUCGAUCCAGCCGCGUCUCUCCCCUGGAAACCCUAGGAGCUGCUGAUCUUCGUGUAGUUUUUUUCCCUACUGGAGCAUUUGGUCUGCUCUUUUGCGGGAGUCUAGAUAUAGAUCUAAGCUUACCUCUAGAUUCUUCGAUUUUCUGGUUUGAUUUGUUUAUCCGGUAUGAAGGAAGCGAAACCGGUUAAGUUCAAUCUUCAUCAGCAUCAAGAGCACCAAAACGGUCACUUGGCCCCGUUCAAGCUCGCCAAAUUGUUCGAUUCAGAGGCUUCCUGGGACAAGGACCAAUUAGGAGAUGUCUUGCACUGGAUUCGACAAGCAGUGGCCGUUGUACUCGGACUGCUGUGGGGCUCCAUACCUUUGGUUGGAGGCAUAUGGUUUAUAAUUUUUCUGGUGAUAUCAACCAGCAUUGUGUAUGGAUACUAUGCAAUGAUUUUAAAAGUUGAUGAAGAAGAAUUUGGAGGUCAUGGAGCUCUCCUCCAAGAAGGGCUUUUUGCUUCUAUAACUCUAUUUCUGCUUGCUUGGACUCUCGUAUACAGCUUGGCACACUUCUGAUUGGCGAACAACGAUGUUGCAUCCAUGAAAUCACUUGGUGAAGUUCGAACAAUGAACUUGGUUACACUUGAUGCCCUGCUCGUUUACAAUUGCUUCUAAUUGGUGCCUCAAAUUUUUUUAACAUUUGAUGUUGAACAAAUUGAUUUAGCAGAGCAUGAAAAUUCUAGCAUCUGAUAUAUGGUGAUGGACUAUGGAUGUAAUCCUCUUUAAAAUUGACACCUUCUAUUGGCAUCAGUCAGAUAGCUAGGUUCUUGAGGUUUAAGUUUAGUUGGAACUUAACAAUUUUGUGUACAUUUGAUAUUUUGAUAGGCAUGUCAGAUUUCUCAAUGAUUAUUCUUCUAUGCUGCACUAUCCUAAGAGAAGCCAGCCAGCAGUUUAUCCCUUGGAAAUCUUUGGAGGUGGUAAAAUGACUCUAGCCGCGGUAUAUAACAUUAUUUAUUAGUUCUACUGAAUGGUUUUUAAGCCAAUAAGCUGCGAAAGACUGCUGCUGUUAUAUUACUUGAUUGGAACUUAACAUUAUAAGUAAUAAAAACUAUAGGAAGCUUCUUUCUCUUUCCUU